AUGGGUGGUUCGCCAGUUCAAUCCUCCUCUCAUAAUUUGCAUAAUAGAUUAAAGAAAAUUGUUAAAUACGAGAAAAAAUCAGUUAAAAAUCAAAUCGAAUUCAUCAAUGAACUAAACUCUUGGUCUGCAAUUAUUCCAAAUGAAACGAGCAAAAAACUAUUAAUUGAAUUCUCAAAAUGCUUGGAUAUUCAAAGAGAAUUGAAUGAAGAACUAAUUCAAAAGCAAGAAAAUUUAAGGUUACAAUUCAUCAAUGUUCAAAAAAGAGAACAGAAAAGCAACAACUUGAAAUUAAAGAGAAAUAGAUCUUUAUCAAAAUUAAGAGCUGAAGAAAGUAAAGUUGGUCAAUCUCAGAAAAUUUCUUUGCAAAAAGAAGCUUUGGAAGAACUGGAAUGUUCAAUGGAAAUUGUCGAUGAUCAAUAUAUUAGAUCAAUAAAUACCGGGCUAAAAUCUUCUUUCAUAGAAUAUAUUUUGUCUUUCAAA